AUGACGGUGGAUCUUCCGCAACCAAAAGCACAUUGUAAGACCUCCGCUGAGUCUCGGUUUAUACUGGCGGGAGAACAGUUGAGUAGAUGGCUGUUUAGUGCUUGGAGGGGACUUUGCCACCUUCCAUGUCUCACGUCUCUUGGCAUGUGUCACAUCAUGCCAUGUUCUGCGGAGAUGUCUGGCUUUGGUUUCUGGUAUUCAGUACUCUUUUUAUAAUUCUUGUGAUGCUUGGUUCUUGUUUCAUGGCAGUGCUCCUAUUCUGGAGUGGAUCUCGGUCCUGGCUGGUGGUUCCUUUGCAGGAGACCUUUCCAAAGGAAGUCAAGUAGUUCGGAAUGGCAUUGUGAGCCGCAAACUACUUUCCUGCUGUGUUGGGGAAUCCUUACCUCCGGUAAGUCUUAAGGACUUAGUUGCUGGAUCCUUGCUUCUUUCCUGGUCUCUGCCUGAGAGCUGCUUGUCGCGCCUGGAGGUAGCUCCUUAAGAGGGGAGUUAUGUCACAUCAUGCCAUGUUCUGCAGAGAUAUCUGACUUUGGUUUCUGGUAUCCAGUACUCUUUUUAUAAUUCUUGCUUAGUUUUUCUUGGUUUUCUAUUCUAUGUCUGGUUUUCUUUAUGCUGUGUUUUUCAGGGUUCAUUCCAUUAUUCCGUCCCUGGAAUUCCCAGUCUCCUGGAUUCAUUUAUAUGUUGGUUUUAUGUUGCCACACCCGUUUGUUUUCCAUUUUCCUUUUGUUUCAGUCUGUACCUGCAGCAGUGUUUCAAGUCUUUGCCCUUUCUUGCAGGUAAGUGCUAUUGUGGUUUAGUAUGGUUCUUUUAGCAUACAUUAGGCAGUGUAGGACCUGCCGAAUAUGGGGUACAUUGGCGUUGUGGCAAGCUUAUGCAAUGUAACUAAAUCCCCAUACUUUUCAUAUAUAGUGCUUAGUUAUGUCUCCUCUUGUUAUGCCUAUUAUAUCUUGUCUUGUUUUAUUUUGUUACCCCAGUCCAUGUACAGUCCUGUCCUGUCCUGCCCCUGUUUAGUUAAUGUUCCCUUAUGUAUUGUGUACAUGUUCUGCUUUCUGUCCUGCUCUGGUUCUGGGUUCUAUUAGUUCUGUCUUGUUUUCAUGUUUGGUGCCUGCUCUAGCCUUGCCUUGUUUCUAGUACUGGAUAUAUUUUAGCAUUCAUCUGCUCUGGCUUCCACUAAGCUGCAACAGGGUCUUGGUUUGUGGCCGCACAAACGCUGGUGCUCAACACCAGGGGGCAUGCGGUUACCCUGCACCGGGCACUGUAAUCCACUUCCACGCGAAGACUCCCACUUCUCAUCAGGCACUCAGGGGUCCCAGUUUCCGUACCGCCACCCGUGACAGCAUGCUCCUAAAGCAUAUUCCGGGCCUCCUGGUCAUGCCGGUAUAGCUGUGUCCACAAGCGCUGAAAUAUUUACUUCAAUCGUAGCAGGCAUUGAGCAGUAGAGCUGUGGAGAGCUUUCUGGGGAAGGUUUAGCUCCUGUGUGCUCGGUGGGAGUGCAUCCGCCAUCUUAUGUUGCCGAGUGUCGUCCUUGUAACGUCAAGGAGUGCUGCUAAAGUAAUCGAUGGUGAUCCAGUGGGUGAGUAUAGGAGUAGUAAGAGCGACCGCCUCUCCCCAAUUCCGACUCAAGUUGGCCGCAAUGCAGUGCUCCGGGCCUCCGCUGGCCACAGUCUCAAGUGAGGUGUCUGUCGACCAGGCAAUGCACCCCCAAUAUGUGUAGUGCACCUGGGUGAGGAUGUUGGCGCGUGGCCAUGGCUGUAUUUGCCACGAAGCAAACAAGGCAUUUGCCUGGGGUGGCACUUUCAGGCCUUGUAUCCAAGAGGCUGAAGUGUUCAGUGGUUCAUAGUGUAGGCAGGCGGUGAGGGAGCGUGGGCCUCUGAGCUCUACCUGCUCUGCGCGCCCUUCUACGGUCCCGGGAGCCGGAAUAUGGCGUUACUCUGGCCCCGGCGGUGUGCGAGGGAGCAGAGCAGGUAGAGCUCAGUUGCAUCACCACCUCCAUUGAGCGCCCGCUCAGCCAGCAAGGAGCCUGUCUGUAACAGUUUACGAGGGAGUUGGAGCCCAGUUGCAGGAGAUGGCACAAGGAGGAGGCAAAAACACAGUACAGAUAAAGGGGUAAUCCAAAGGCAGGGUCAGCAAGAAACAGAAGUCAGGGCUGGCAGCAGAGUAUCGUAGUCAGUAAGGCAGGCAGAGGUCAGAGGCCAGGAAACCAGUCAGCAGAGUAACAAAGAUCCAGCAGGAAACACCAAACAACCAAAAUGACCAGAUCCUAGGUCUCAGGCAGAGCUGGCUUUUACAGCCUGCUGAUUAGGAGCAGCUUACCCUAAUUGGUAAGGGGCUGCAGGUGAAUCAGCACUGCUCCAUCCAGGCAAGGAGUCAGGAAGCAGGAUAAUGCAGACAGCUACUGAAGCCCCCUGGUGGAUAGCAUGGUAGAGAACCCAACUGGGAUGCUGGAGCUGUGAGUGCAAAUCCAUCCAGGUCUCUUAAAGGGGUGGCCAUACAUUGCUGUCUGCAGGGCUCAGGGUGCACUGUGACACUGUCUGCCCAGCCAUCAACCCCAGCAAGGAGCCUGCUGGUUACCCUGAGAUAUCUCUUUCUUCCUAUAGGAAUUCAAUAAGUAGUUCAGAAAAUGUGUGUGUGUGUAUGUAUAUGUAUGUGUGUGUGUGUAUAUAUAUAUAUAUAUAUAUAUAUAAUUUUAAAAUAUAUACAUCAUUUUAGUUUAAUUAAACUACAUUUCAGUAUUAUUGCAAAAGUCUGUACGCCGUGAAUAUUUUGAUGUAUUGUAGAACGUCUUUAAAUAACAGCCUUACUGGUUGCCAUAGAAACCCAUACUAUGACUACUUCAGUUUCCUACCCAAUGAGGCCCCUUGCUGGCUUUAAAAAAAUGCCUCAAUGGAAGUACAUUUAAAAUCCUAUAAGAUUUAAUCUAAAAUAAAUGUACAUAAUUCUUGCAAACCCCCCAGACAGGAUAAAAUUAGGUACUUUUAUAACUUUGUAAUAAAACCUGCACACACAUUUUUAACGCUGACAUUUUAAUUAGACAUAGCUAUAAGCUUCAUUACUUAAAGCCCCUAAUGCCAUGGAAAAAAUGAAUGAUAGCCAAAGCAAAGCAGUUAGCUCUCAUUUUAUAAUGAAAAUAUUAUAGCAAUAUAAACCUAUUUCCAUGUUUAUGACAAAUCAAACAGCAAAUCUAUCUUACAGUAUUUGUUGCUUGUGCUAAACCAUAUAUAAUGUUGUCAUUUUAAUUCAUUUAUAAGUAAAUAUGUGCCUUUCUUCUCGAUAGGGUUCAAUAUAUAUAUGUAAUAUUGAACAACUCAAUUUGAGUGCAAGUUGUUAUCAGUGGAAUUUAUUUUGCUUGAUCUCAUUUUUAGUCUCACAUUUCUAGUCACGAGAUCAAUGUUCUAUGCGUACAUGAGAAAAGAGUAAUGUUGGUCAGAGACUAAGAUCACUGUAUAAUGUCAUUAGAACCUACUUGCAGUCUGUUCUUCACAUAUAAAAAGACAGUCCCCAACUACUCAGAGAAAGGAACUUAAAGGACCACUAUAGUGCCAGGAAAACAUACUCAUUUUCCUGGCACUAUAGUGCCCUGAGGGUGCCCCCACCCUCAUGGCCCCCCUCCCACUCGGCUCUAGGGAGAGGAAAGGGUUAAAACUUACCUUUAUUCCAGCACUGGGAGGGGAGCUCUCCUCCUCCUCUCCGCCUCUUCUCCUCCCCUUCGGCUGAAUGCGCACGCGCGGCAAGAGCUGCGCGCGCAUUCAGCCGGUCUCAUAGGAAAGCAUUUACAAUGCUUUGCUAUGGACGCUUGCGUGUUCUCACUGUGAUUUUCACAGUGAGAAGCACACAAGCGCCUCUAGCGGCUGUCAAUGAGACAGCCACUAGAGGAUUUGGAGGCUGGAUUAACCCAUUUAUAAACAUAGCAGUUUCUCUGAAACUGCUAUGUUUAGAAAAAAAGGGGUUAAUCCUAGAGGGACCUGGCACCCAGACCACUUCAUUAAGCUGAAGUGGUCUGGGUGCCUAGAGUGGUCCUUUAAAUGUAAGAAAAUCCCUUAAAGAUUACAUAUAUAAUAAACCAAAGAUCUACUUAUAGAAUCUAAAUAAUGUGUUAGAACCAAUAUGUGUCACACUACAAGUAUGAGAAUAUAUUAAAAACAACAUUAACACAUAGCCUAUGUAAUUAUUGGACAAUUCCAUUAUUUUAUACUAGGAGAUAUGUGUUAAACGACCACUAUAGUGCCAGGAAAACAUACUCUUUUUCCUGGCACUAUAUUGCCCUGAUGGUGCCCCCACCCUCAGGGCCCCCCUCCCGCCAGGCUCUAGGAGGUGGAAGGGGUUAAAUUUACCUCUUUUUCCAGUGCCGGGAGAGGGACUCUCCUCCUCCUUCUCUUCGUCAUCGGCUAAAUGCACAUGCGCGGCAAGAGCCACGCGUGGAUUCAGCCAGUCCAUAGGAAAGCAUACAUCACAUUCACAUAAAAUUACAUAUUCACAAUCAAUCCAUUCAGGGGAACAACAUAUUAAAAAAUGGCACGAAUCAGACCAGGGGUUCAAAAGUUAAGGGAAAGUCCUUUGUGGCUAAAUGAAGCAUGGCUUUCUGGCCCAAACCAGUUUCAGAGUCUUCUAUCCUGGAGAUAAGUAAUUCAAUUAUCUCCCAGGACAGACACAAGACUCCAUUAAGCACAUGGUUGCAAAAAGACACAAAACACUUUAAAAUACAUAAAGUCACAUUUACACAUAACACACAGACAUUUCACAUAUCCCCAGAUAGCUGGGAUCUGAGUACACAUUAUUAGAUGAAUGGCACUCAGAUCACACAAAUAAGCCUUUCUGCAGGGGAAAUAAACAGUUUAACCUGCAGGGCCAUAGUCCAAAGGGAGCAGGCGAGCAACCAGGCUUCUCCAGUUCACAGUGGCGAGGUUGGUUUCGCCACAACAAGCACGCCCCCUCUCAAAGUGAGCAUGUUGGUUCAAUGCGCAGAGCCCCGCUGAAGAGCUCUGGCAUUAGAAAAAGGCCUUGUAUUUGUUCUGCGCAGCGCAAGCAAAUUUAAUAACAUGCUUGCACUGUGUUUGCUUUUAAAUUGUCUCUGGUGUCUCCACAAGUGGGAUACCAGAGGGCAAAAGGGCCAGGAAAGUGUAUGGUGCAUGUGUUUGGCGCCUGCUUGUGGGAUUGCCUGUGUGUGUAGAGUGUGGUGUGGUAUUGUGUAAAUAGGUGUAAUAUGUGUGGUGUAAUAUGUGUGGCUAGGGGCUGUAGAGAGUGCGUGUAUAGGGGGCAUAGUUUUAUAGGGGAUGCAGCGAGUGUGUGCAUACGGGUAGUAGUGUGUGUGUAUAGGUGAUGUAGUGUGUGUAGGGGUUGCAGAGAGGGUGUGUUUAGAGAAUGUUGUAUGUGUUUCCUUACAAGGAAUGUAGUGUGUGUGUAGGUGGUGCACUGUGUGUGUGUAAGAGAUCUAGUGUGUAAAGGACCCAGAGUCUGUAUAGAAGAUUGUGUGUGUGUGUGUGUAGAGGAUUAAGAGUGCAUACAGGGUAAGGGAUCUAGCUUGUAUCUGGAGCGUAAUGUGUGUAGUGGUGCAGUGUGAGGGGUGCUGUAGUGUAUGUGUAUAUAUAUAUAUGUGUAUAUAUAUAUAUAUAUGGGUCUCUGGGGGUGCUGUGUGUGUAUCUGGGUGUGCUGUGUGUGUGUGUAUCUGGGGGUGCUGUGUGUAUCUGGGGGUGCUGUGUGUGUCUGGGGGUGCUGUGUGUGUAUCUGGGGUGCUGUGUGUGUGUCUGGGGGUGCUGUCUGUGUUUGAGGGUGCUGUCUGUGUUUGGGUGUGCUGUGUGUGUCUGGGUGCGCUGUGUGUGUCUGGGUGCGCUGUGUGUGUAUCUGGGGGUGCUGUGUGUGUGUCUGGGGGUGCUGUAUGUGUUUGGGUGCGCUGUGUGUAUCUGGGGUGCUGUGUGUGUCUGGGUGCGCUGUGUGUGUAUCUGGGGGUGCUGUGUGUGUGUCUGGGGGUGCUGUAUGUGUGUAUCGGGGGUGCUGUAUGUGUGUAUCGGGGGUGCUGUGUGUGUAUUUGGGUGCUGUGUGUGUUUGGGUGCUGUGUGUAUCUGAGGUGCUGUGUGUGUGUCUGGGGGUGCUGUAUGUGUCUGGGGUUGUAACGAGAAUAUACCCCAACACGCAGGAUUCAGCUAAACAAAAGACAACACAGAGGAGAGCUACGUCUACCGGACCUUAGAAUGGCCGGACUCGACGUAUAUGAGAGGAGACAGAGUCAGGAACAAUCCGAAAUCAAGGGCACAGAGAGACAGCGUAAACUAGGACAAGCCGGGGUCUGGUACACAGUAAACAACAAGCCGACAACCAGAACAGAUAAGCAAAAAGAGAAAACGUAGUCAGAAACAAAGCCAAGGUCAAUACGGAGAAACACAACUGAACACAACAAGCGCUAAAGGGAACUGAUACAGAAACCACGAUAGGGCAAGGAACAAAGGAAAGAAGGUGAGUAUAAAUACCUAAACAUCUAAUUUGAUUGGUCCCUGUCACAUCCACGCCCCCAAAAGGUAAGUGUAUGGGGAGUGUGGCAUGACAGGGACCAAUGGGAUGCCUUUUCCAAUUUAGGCACCCACUGUCCCUUUAAGAGCGCGCCCGAUACCCGCGGCACGCUCUUAGAGUAGGUAGAACACGUGACCGCUACUAGUUACAGCGGUCGGCUGAGCCGCGCGCGGCUUGUGCAGCAGCAGGACCGCGCGCGGCUCGAACAGAGGACCCCGGCCGGCCCCUGGAAAGGGUAAGUACCGCUACAGGGGUGCUGUGUGUGUAUUUAGGGUGCUGUGUGUGUCUGGGGGUGCAGUGUGUGUGUCUGGGGUGCUGUGUGUUUCUGGAGGUGCAGUGUGUGUCUGGGGUGCUGUGUGUGAGUUGGCUGUGUGUGUCUGGGGUAUGUGUGUGUGUCUGGGGGUGUGUGUGUGUGUGUCUGGGGGUGCUGUUUGGGAAUUAAUUUUAAGUAUAUAUAUUUUUUUUUAUUAAUAAUUUUUUUAAAAGUUAUGUCCCCCCCCCUCCCUUCUUACCUUUAGCCUGGGAGGGGGAGGGAGCCGUUCUGCCUGGGAGGGGGAGCCUUGAGGGGACCAUGCUGCCUUCCCUGGUGGUCCUAGUGGUGAGAGUGAACUCUAACCUGCAGGUUAGAGUUCACUCUCGCGAGAUCUGAGCGUUGCCCCGGCAACGCUCAGAAUCCCGCGAGAGGACCCGGCGGAGCUGCUGGCUAGGGCUCCGCCGGGUCCUCCCUCACCCAGCUGGCGGCCGCAUCUCCCUGUCUGUGGGCCGGUGAGGAGAUCUUUGAUCUCCCCACCGGCCCAUGGAGGCACUAUGCAGGGCCGGCGCUCGGAUAGGCUGGCCCUGCAGGAGCCGGCCGGGGAGAUCCCCUGCCGGCCUCGGCCCCACGGCCAUCGCGGCCCACCGGGCAUUUGCCCGGUGUGCCCGAUGGCCAGUCCGGGCCUGAUUUCCACCCAUCAGGGGCUCGGCCCAGACUGAGCUUGCAGGGCAGGGAAAGCCUUAUAAAAGCUUUCCCACACUGCACAAUUUCAGUCAGAGAACUCUGAUUGGCUUGUAAGCUGACCAAUCUAAGCACUCUGACAGCACAGCUGGCAGGGCCAUGAGGGAGGUUGCAAACCUAUCUUAUAAUCAUAUGGGGCCAUAUUUACCCCCGUAGGGCUUAUUUGUUAAUUUAACCCUGAGAGAAUUGGGGAAAGGGAAAGGUGAUGAUAGUAAUGCCAAAAAACAAACACGAGUCCUGCGCAUCCAGUAUAGGUGUGCACACCCAGGUGCUACCACAGUUUAUUUGAGGAUAAAGUUAAUCAGCAAACGUUUCAAGCAGCAGCCCUUUCUCAAUGUUAAUGUCCAGCAGCCCUUUCUCAAUGCUAAUGUCCAUUAGCAUUGAGAAAGGGCUGCUGCUUGAAACGUUUGCUGAUUAACUUUAUCCUCAAAUAAACUGUGGUAGCACCUGGGUGUGCACACCUAUACUGGAUGCGCAGGACUCGUGGUUUUUGGUUGUAUAUACACUGUUGGAACUUCAGUGUGGAGUAUCUGCAGCACAGGUCUAAUUUUUUCUUUGUUUGUAUUUUGAAUUUUGUAGGCAUUUUUUUUUGCCUCUACCUCACCCUAUAUAUAGUGAUAGUAAUGCCACUGGAGGUGUGGAAAUGUAUAAUUAUGGCUCAAGGCAUUAUGACCAUGUCCACCUUUGGUGAGCUACACUGCAUGAUUGGCCAGUUGACCUUUUUUCUCCUGCCCACCAGCUUCCUGCUUCACAUGACACCAAUGUUGACAGGGUAUGAUAUAUUUUCUGCAGAUAUAUAUAUCUAGAUGGACAGAUAUAUAAAAUGUAAGGCCUCUCAACCACCCGAUUUCACUGGGUUGUCCCUAUUUUAAAAUCUUGUCCCGCCACCUAGACUUUGUUCCCUGAUGUCCUGUUUUUGUAAAGCGUAGAGUAAGUGCAUCAUUAGGCUGAAAUGCUCUCUGCAUAGUCUGAACGUGGUACUGCUGUAUUGACAGGCUGAUCUGCCAAAUCUUUUGGCAGCCUUUUCCAGCAGGUCGCCCCCAUUUGGCAGUACCAGUGAUGUGAUUUGCAUCAAAUGCCCUCCCCUAUUUUACCGUGAUUAUCAGUGUCCCAUUUCCAUACCUCCCAACUCUGGUGGUAGGUAAAGGGAGAGGGCCAGUGAUGCAACUUUCCACCUUAAUUUCUGUCAGCUCAGGCUGCUGCGAAUGCACACCAGGCUGCCUUUCCAUCUUUCUGUAUGGCCCACUGAGGGCUGACCCUGCAGGGAGCACUGUGCUCCCUGCAGGGUCCAAUUGUGCUGAACAUAGCGCAAGCGUCUAAUAAUGCUGUCACUGUGCUUGUUGGGGCCAUUCCAUGGUGUCCACAAAAGCAGAGCACCUGGGAAUGUCGGGGGGCAGGACCCGGAAAUAUUAACAAGAUGCUGAUAUUUGUAGUAUAUGAUAUGCUUUAUCUAACUUCCCUAGAAUAACCCCAAUAACUUGUGGUGGGUGGUUGUAAUUUUGGCGAAAGAAUACAUUUCUAGCAAAAGUAGCCACACUGUGACCAUAGGUAAUGAAUUGCUCCAUAUUACGUUUUUUCAUACUACAUUUUACUGUUCCCGUUUUAAUUUUAGCCAGUUUUUAAUCUUGCGAAUAGACACCUCCCAGUAGUAGGCAACCUUCAGCACUCCAAAUGUUGUGGACUACAUCUCCCAUGAUGCUUUGCCAGCAUUAUGGCUGUAAAAGCAUUAAGGGGGAUAAAAUCCACAACAUUUGGAGUGCUGAAGGGUGUUUCCCCUGUUGCUGUGAUAAAGCUCUGACUUCCCAGCAAGGAUUUGUCUAUCUGCUAUCCUCUGAAUGGUGAGCAUUAUAAUAUGUCUCUAUAGAUUGCUUUAGCGGCGCACACUUUCCCCUUGUUCCAGCACACUAACAGAAAGCGCUUCCUCUACAAUCAUGGCGGACAUGUACUGUCGCGCUGCCGUUACCAUGGAGAUGCACGGCGUCCUUCCUGCGUGUGGCUUAGCGCGCUGUGUAGUGGUUCCCACGAUGUCAUGUGACCCGGAAGUGGUUGUCUGUGUAGUUUUGGCGCCUUGGCUAGUGUUGCAGCAGGCUGACAGCUGAUAGUGAGACUCACACGGCGGUAAGUGGUGGUUCAUGGGGUACUGCUUUAGUUAAUAGGUGGGAGUUCAAUUUGUGAUAAACACCUACUGGCUCCCAGACAGUUAUGGCUAAUGCUGUGUACUCCAGAUACCAAUAGACUUUAUCACCCAGUAGCCAGAUGACUGUAUGGAUAUUUGUCAUCGUAGUCCCAACACAACCUGUAUUCUAUAUGUUCAACAUUAUUUGUUAUACCUGCUAAUAUUCCAUACAUUAAAAGGGACAUAGCAAUUCAGGGUGAAUAGUGUUGCAGUUACUGUACACACUGCAUGUCCAAAGUCAGGGUAUAAUUAGUAACUGGGGAAUAACCUGCGGCAGUUAUUACAGACAGGAGAAUUAUAAAUACUGAGAUCUUUGUGUGCUGUUGCUUAAAUUGUGGACAGAAAAUAGAGCAUUUUCAAUUAUACUCACAUGUUGGAAAAAGUGCAGCUAAAAUGUAGAUUUAAUAAUGCAAAUUUCGAUUCAAGAAAAAAAAAACCCUAAAAAACAUGCUACCAUCCUCAUGUGGAUAUCUUUUGAAUGGACCGAAUAGCACAAAAACAAGUAUAGAUAUUUUUCAAAGACCUCCAAAAGGUGACAUCCAUACUUAAGGUGAUUAUACUUGUGUAAGGUUCUACUCGCAAAAGAUGCGUUGUUCUUUCUUAGCUAUGAUGCUUCACCAGCCAGGAGAUUGCAUCACUGCUGUACUCUAAUGCAUGUUUGAGAGUACAGCAUAGAGCUCUAUAAAGGACCCCAUGAGACUGCAGCAUCCUUCACAGACCAACUCUUGUGAUGCUUGAGAAGUUCUGAGUCCUUACUUUGUCUAAUUGUAUCUUUUAGUUGCAUUGCAAUUCUAAUGAAAUUACCACUCAAGUAAUCAUAUUUUGUAAAGAUUCUAUGUGUAGCAAAAAUGCCUCUGCUACAAGCUCCUUGAGGAGCCUGCUGGCUAGCCUCCUGCCCAAGGAUUAUGGGCCAUGUAACCGACCUUUAAAAGACUUGGUUUGUGUGGUUUCCCUUUUUUUUUUUUUUAGUUCGGGAACAGAACAAAACACACGAAAUGCGGACCACCUCUGGGCUUGUUAACCACUAUUGAUCUCUCCUGACACCUUAACAUUGUAAGUGUUCGGCUGGGUGGCUGCCGUUCGUAUGCACGAACACGUGGCAACUGAGUUGGUGGCCAUCUUGUCGCAUGAACGCAGCCGGCGGUGUUCGGUCGUCGAGUGUAUGGAACUAAAAUCGGACACUUUUUUAACUUGCGAACACCACUGAACUUUGACAUACGCCUGCUUCGUUUCUACUCAUGUCAGGAGAUUGCCGUUUGGUAGGAUUGUUCGCGUGAACUAAGCGAAUAAUCGCUAACUAGGAGCCAGAGGAUCGUUUUGGACUCCCAAAGGUGACCGACCUCUACUACUUUUCUUACGGAACUAUUUUGGGCAGAAGCCAUGUGUGCGGUUGGUUAAAACUUUACCUCGAUGGCAAUCCCAAACCACCGAACCGAUCUGAGUGCUUUUUGGAUAUGAUAGGUACUCAGAUCAGGGCUAUCUGGGGAUGUGACUCUUGAGGGGGUUCCGUGUAUUUUGGGGGUAGUUUAGGUUUGUUUAAAAAUUGUUAUACCUUUCUGUACCUGAGUCACAAACACUGGCCAAAGUUAGCGUUAAUAUUUGUUUGUGAAAAAUGCAAAAAACUAAUUUAAAUGCCAAUUUUGGCCAGUGUUUGUGACUGUGGCUACUAAAAAAGACUGGACAUACCCCAUUUGCAAUACCUUGGGUUGUCUACUUUUGCAAAUGGUAUGCCAUCAUGGGGGUAAUUCUCAUUCUUGGGCUACCAUACGGUCUCAAAGGCAAUGUAACCAAUUUGGUGAAUUUCAAUGUAAAAAAAGUGAAACACAAGCCUUAUAUUUGACUCUGUAACUUAAAAAAAAAAAAAAAAAAACACCAUAAACAUGUACAUUAGGGGUACUGUUAUACUCAGGAGACUUAGCUGAACACAAAUAUUAGUGUUUAAAAAACGUAAAAUGUAUCACAAGAAUAUCAUCGGUGUAAGUACUGUUUGUGUGUGAAAAAUUUAAAAAACUUCACUUUCACUGAUAUCAUCGUUCUAAUACAUUUUACUGUUUUGAAACACAAAUAUUUGUGUUCAGUCAAGUCUCCCGAGUAAAACAGUACUCCCCAUGUACAGGUUUUAUGUUGUCUUGGAAAGUUACAGGGUUAAAUAUAGUGCUAGCAAAUUAAAUUCUCUGGACUUUCUACCUGGGUUAUCAGGCAGGUCUCGCAAAUUGUAAUUAAUAAAAUGACUUAAUUAUGUAAAAAAUGUUACAUAAAUAUAUGUAGAAUUUUUAAAUAAUAAAAAAGUGUGUGUGUGUGUGUGUGUGUGUGUGUGUGUGUAUAUAUAUAUAUAUAUAUAUAUAUAUAUAUAUAUAUAUAUAUAUAUAUAUAUAUAGAAAAUAGUUAGAACCAAAUUUCACACAUAUAUAUAUUUUUCAUUUUUAUGUGUAUAUAUAUUUCAUUCUACGUGUAUUUUGAUAUUAAUAUAUAUUUAUUAAAAUACACUUAGACUGGGUGUGUGUGUGUGUGUGUGUGUGUGUAUAUAUAUAUAUAUAUAUAUAUAUAUUUUUUUUUUUAUUUUACACGGUUUUAAAACUUUAUUAAACUUUUCUACAGGAAGCAGGGGGAAUACCUGUCAUUCCAGGCACUCCCCUUCCUCCCUAUUAAAUACUGUAUAGUGACAAAGCCUUUUUAAAAGGUUACUCCAAGCACCAUGACCACUUCAGUGAUCUGGAAUGGUCAAGGUGCUGGAGUCUGUAUGUGCAGCAUUUCGCUAACAAAACACUGCAUCUGAGGACAUCCAGCGUCGGCAAAACCACAUAGGAAAGCAUUGAUUCAAUGUUUUCCUAUGGGGUAGUCUUAAUGCGAGCAUGACGUUAGCCGUGCAUACACAUUAGGUCCCUGUCGGGGGAGGAGCAGGGGUGGAGCCUGACCCUAUGAUGAGGAACAUCGGCGCUAGAUUCAGGUAAAAAUUUACUUUGUGAAUAGACUUUCGAGUGGGCUCUAACUUACAUUAAGAUGGAACGCAUAUGCUUUCCACUACAGAGUAGAUAGGACGUCUGCCACCAUGGACGUGUUGAUUUGAUGGACGUUUUGAAACCAGAAGGAUUCACAAUGAGGCAUGACCCGAAAAUGAUGAUUAUAGACAUCAGGUGGACCAGCACCGUCCCGAUUGGCUGUGAGGCAAUUUGGAUGGAGCAAACCAGGGUUUUUAAACCCAGGACUUGGUAGAAUUGUCAGACACACGCUGAAUACCCCUGAGGAAGUCUAUUUAUAGACUAUAAGUGUAGGGUGAAAGAACAUUCAUUCAUUUUUCCUGUGUUUUACUAAUUGCCUUCACAAAAGAUUUCUGGGUUCUGGAGGUAGUAUACAGAAUUUCUCCUGAGAGUAAAAAAAACUGUGAUGGGUUUUUAAUUGUCUUGAGAGUGCAUAAAAUAAAGUGUUCUUUUUUGAUGUUAUACAGUAUUGUACAUGUGUUUUGUUUCUGUCCUAACAAGCACUGAACUUGGGAAGUAGAGAAGUUCUACCAAUAUUUUCAUAUUCUGCCUGCUUUAAUUAAUGCUUGUGAGUGCUUUUUUACACGAGUUAUCUGGUGUUUUUUGGUUGUUAUUAUUAUUUAUAUAGCGCCAAACAAAUUCCGUAGCGCUGUACAAUGGGUGGACGAACAGACACUUAAUUGAGAUCAGACCACUGGACGUACAGGAACAGAGGGGGUUGAGGGCCCUACUCGAAGAGCUUACAUGCUAGAGGGAGUGGGGUAUAGUGACACAAAGGGUUAAAGUAGGGGAAUUACAUAGUUUGUUAGAGAAGAGUUUGAGUGCUCUGCACCAUUUGUGGUCCUUUCUGAAUUUUUGUAGGUGGUUUUUUUUUUAUUUUAUUUUUUUUAUAUUUAUAUUCAGAAGAUCCGAAGAAUCUUCUAAACAUCUACUAUUUUAUAGGGUAACUUAUUUUCAUAAUUACCCCCCUUUUUAACCACUGGUGUUUUAUAUUGCAUUAGGAGUUUUUACGUAUUUUGCUGGAAUCGGCUAAGUGACAGAAGGGUAUCUGCGCUGUGUGUGGGGGAGCGUGAGCAAGGUGGUAAUAUAGUGCUAGGAAUACAAUUUUGUAUUCCUAGCACUGUAGUUUCCCUUUAAUCCCUUUAGCUAAGAAAGCACCUGGGGACCUACUGGCACCAUAACCACUUCAUUUCGAUAAAGUUGUUAUGGUGCACAGAGUACUACUUUAAACUAAAUUAUGUGUCCUAAAUCUUGUAAGAAAUAAGAAUUACUUACAUGAUUGGAAAGCAGAAUUCUAAAAAAAACAGUGAUAAACUUACAGCUGGGGUAUUUAAACAGCAGGCUGGAUUGUUCUGUCUUAUUUACUCCUGUUGAUUUUUCUGCCUGACAUAAUGUAUAUUGUUUUUCAGCAGGUACAAAAAGAAUGCAAGCGUUUUUGAAAGGUGGGACAUCCAUCAGCACAAAGCCAUUGAAAGAUAAAGCCUCCGUGUCUGGAGCAGGCAGCAGCACAGAUGUCAAGAAGCAGAAAGCAGUCCCUUGGGUGGAAAAAUAGUAUGUGAUAUUUCUAAAACAACGUUUACAUAUUAUCACUUUGUAUGACACAGUUUGCAAAGUGUAUUUAUGAAUGUAAAUACAUUUAUACAUAGGCUUAGAGUGAGUGGGUUUUUUUUCUCUGUAUUUUAUAUUUUAUGGGAAUUGCUCUUUUCAUUUCUCAGCAUAAAUAUUACUGAAGUAUUUACAGCAUAAAAUUGUGCAAUUGAUGUCCGUAAGAACACACUCAAAGAAACACUAUAGGCACCCACACAGCUUCAUCUUAUUGAAGUGGCCUGAGUGCAGUAGCCCCUGUCACCUUGACCCAGCAACAUUAAUUAUUGCGGGGUUAACUCAUCCUGUAGUGGCUGUCUUCCAGACCGCCAUUAGAAGCUCUUCUUGGUGUUUCACAAAGAUUUUUAUUUCAGACGUACAAGCUUCAGUGCUAUAGGUGUUUGGAGUAUCCCUUUAAGUAUGCAUUCAAAUGUAUGUUUUGUUUUUUUUGUCCAUGAAUUAUUAAUUGUACAUUUUUUUUUCUUUAUCUUUUCCACUAACUUUUGUGGAUUUUUCCUCCAGGCACUCCAAAGCUCAGCUGAGAUUUUUCCAAUAAAUUUGUCUUGCUGAGCUUUGGAGUGCCUGGACCAUUUUCUCUUUCUUAGAAUCUGUUGCAUCAUAAAAGCUGUAGUCUUAUUACAUAUAUGGGUAUACAAUUUGGAUACACCUAACUAUAGGGAGCAAAACAAAAAUAAAUUUUAUGUACCAAAUCUAGUAUCGUAAAAUUGCCCACAAUCUGCUCAAACAGCUGCCAUAAAAAUGAGCAGCAAUGGAUUUAAGCAGGCCCUGAGCUGGAAAUCCACUCAAAUACCCUUUUUUGCAAGGCCAAAUUGUCUGCUUUUAUAAGGUUUGUUAGAAGUGACAUGUUGAAAUCUGACUGAAACAUUUAAACCAGCCAGUGGUAUUUGGAUAGGCUGAAAUCUGGUGGACAUUUAUUUCCAUGUUUUGACGUCCAAACGCUCCUAGGUGAUACCUGAUUAUCUCAAAUUUGUUUAAAAGUUUUUUUAUUGUUUUUUUUUUUUUUUUUUAUGUUUAAAGCAUCAGAAUGUUUACAAUUUGUAGUUAACAGUGCUACUCCAUUGUUUGAAAUAAAAUAUUGAUGUGUAACUACCAAAGAAGAAUAAAGAACGAAAAAUAUUACAAACAUUUUACAACAAAUAUUUUAUAAAAAGUAAAUUCAAUUUUUCAGUUUGCCCAAUUCACUAGUUAGUGAAAAAACUCCAAUAUAUUUUAUAAUUGGAAAGGAAACUAAUGUACACAAUAGGGAGUGAGUUAAAAUUGGACCAUGUAUUACCCCCUGUGUAGCUAAAGGAAUAGCUGCAUUAUUAGAACGGGAUGCUAAAUUAAAAACCCGCACUUAAAUUGCAUGUGUAAUGUAAAAUGUGUCCAGGAAGGACAAUAAAACUAAUAAAUUAAGCUGUGGAAAUUAGAAAUUUAUAAUUUAUUAUUUUUUUUAGUAAAGAAUGUGUUAAGAAAAUGAAUAACUAUUAAAUAUUUCCUAUUGUACUGUUUAUGUAAUAAAAUGUAGCAAAUUUUUUAGUUCUUCCAAUACUGACUGAUAAUCUCUUAUAGUCGACCAAAAUGUGUAGAUGACGUGGCUUAUCAAGACGAAGUGGUUGCUGUACUGAAGAAAUCAUUGGAAGGAGCAGAUGUAAGUAUAUUAAUUCAAUAAAUCAAUGUAAAUGCACUGGAUUAAAAAAACAGCAUGGAAAUACGCACACCUACCUCUUUGGAACACGCUGCUAGAAAACCAAAUACCCAGGCUUCCUUUUCACACCAAAAGAUAAGCAAUUGUAAGUGAGACUGCAAAGAAUGUAAAGCCUAGCCUUUAGUUCUUUGGUUCUUCUUUAUGAGAACUAUUGCUUUUCUCUUUGUGCUGUGGCACUGAAAACCCUUAAAGUUUUUACCUGGUAUACAUCAUCUAGUUUAUGAUGCUGGAGAAACUGAAAUUAAAAACUGAUGUUAAUCUUUUUCUCCCUUAGUUGAUUUUUUUCAUUAUAGAAACUUCCAAACAUUUGGUAACGCAAAAAUUGGGUUUCAGAGAAAGAACAAUGGAAACUGACCUACUAAGUAUUUUAGUUAUUCUAAAAAAUGAAAGAUAAAUCUGACUGGAGUAAAAGUUCUAAAAUUGAAAUACAAAGCCCAGACAAACCUAGUUUAAAAAUUAUUAAAGGAGCACUAUAGGGUCAGGAACACAAACAUAUAUUCCUGACCCUAGGGUGUUAAAACCACCAUCUAGCCCCCUCUUGCCUCCCUAAAUAUAGUAAAAUCUUACUUGUAAUCAAGUCUGCAGCUGCUACCUCUGCACCUGUCUACCUGUGAACUGCCUCUGUCUGCUGACAUCAUCAGAAGUGGUGGUCUGAGCCAAUCACAAUGUUUCCCCAAUAGAAUUGACUAAGACUGUCAAGGAGGCAGAUCAGGGGUAGAGCCAGCACUAGUCAAACACAGCCCUGGCCAAUCAGCAUCUCCCUAUAGAGAUUAAUUGAAUCAAUGCAUCUCUAUGAGGAAUAUUCAUUGUUUGCAUGCAGAGGGUGGAUACACUGAAUGUCAAUGCUGCUCACUGUGCAGCACUGCCCACAGGAAGCACAUCUAGCAGCCAUCUAAGGGUGGGGCAGUGGAUGUAUCACUAGGCUGUAAUGUAAACACUGCAUUUUCUCUGAAAAGACAGUGUUUACAGCAAAAAGCCUGAAAGGAAUGAUUAUACUCACCAGGACAAAUGCAAUAAGCUGUUGUUGUUCUGGUGUUUAUAGUGUCCCUUUAAACAUAACAAUAUUGUCAAUUUAGAGGCAACUAAUUAUUGUUUCAAGUGCUAAAACAUCAAUCACAUCAAACAUCAAUUUUAUUAUUUUUACUUCAUAGACUAAAAUAUUAAGUGUCUUGACCCAAUAUCACAGACCGGUACACAUUUAUUGGCUUGUAGACUUUUUCUUGAUCAAUGGAAGAUCAGAAACGUCAAAAUCAUACUGAUAUCUUAAUUUGCAAGAUCCGGCUUUACCCAAAAUUGAAUCCUCUACAUCGGGGGUUCCCAACCCAGUCCUCAAGUACCUCCUACUAGUCCAGGAUUUAGGGAUUACCUUCUUGUGUCUAAAGUGUUUUCUGUUUUUUUUUUUGUUUGUUUUGUUUUGUUUUUAAAACAUGUGGCUGACCGCCUGGCCCCUGAAUGGGUGCCUCUGACAAUCACUGCUUCCGAGUACUUCCAAGCACUCCCUCAGACGCCAUCAGCACCAUAGUCCCCACUUCCAGCGUUACAGCUCGGCUGGGGUCUCGCCGUUCUCCACCCACCCUGGACCCAAUACCAGAUUCCAGCUUCCAGUGGGUAGACCUCUCCUCUAAUAUAGACAAAAUACCCAAAGGUAGUCUACAAUACAAAAAUAACAGAGAUAAACAUAGGGCAAUAUUGUUAGGAAAAAACAGUGUGAGUGAAAAUAUAUAAUCACACUCACAAAUCCAUAUUGAUUGUAGGCAUAUCAUAGAUGGUAUUAUGGUGGCUUCAGGACUUGUGGAACAUCAUAGCAUGUAUUGGAAGAAAAAAAGAAAAUAGUGCCCUAUGUUUCUCUCUGUUUUUGUAUUGUAGACUAGCUUUGGGUAUUUUGUCUAUGUUGUUUUGAGGACUAGGAGUAAGUGUCUACAAUACUAUCAGUCAAGGGUAACUGUUUUAAUUUUUUACCUAUUACCCACUGAGUGUUUUCUAUCCACAAAUAGGUGUAUCUGUACAUAUUAUAUUUUGUAUCUCUCCUCUAAUAUGCUCUUAAAAGAGCAAGUGAUUAUAAUCCCAGGGGAGUAUAGUGAUAUAGCAGUCCCCAGGGUAGAUACAGCCGUUUCCCCCAAGCAUGAGAUGAGACUGUUGAGAGUAAGCAGGAACUCAUAUACUGGUAGCCACAACUGGCCUUUUAUGCAAGUCCCAAUGCAAGGGGCACUCCCCCCUGGACCUGAGAGUAAACCACAGCAGAAACCAAUACACGAUUACAUUGGCUCUCAGAUCCAGGACACUCCCACACAUAAUUAGGUCAAUCCCUCCUCUGCGGGGAUAUUAACUCAAUUAUCUCCAGACACAAAAACACACAUUUUUAUAAAAACCCCAAUAUAGUGAACAACAUAUCCAAGAAUCACCCAGUUUGGUUCAGGAAUUUCCUAGAAGUCUUAUUUUUGACUGACCGCAUGCAUGAUCCCAUGCCCAAAACGGUUCCAGAGAAACAGGGCUUGCGGUUGGUAUAGUUCGGUAGUUUAACCCCUUAAGUACACAUGACAUGUGUGACAUGUCAGGAUUCCCUUUUAUUCCAGAAGUUUGGUCCUUAAGGGGUUAAAAACUAACAAACUACCGAACAUAGUCAAUGUUCUUACCCUGGAGCUUGUUCCCCUCAUCCAGGCGAACGAUUUCACCAAACAGUGCCCUUCUAAAUUGUAUAGAACUGAACGCAGGCAAUUAUGGAAGUCCAGCAGUGUUGGGGAGUUUGUGUCCGAUUUUAGUUCCAGGAUGUCGACGACUAAACACCACUGCCUGCGUUCAUGCAAACAAGGUUGUUGCUAUUCCCAUGAACGACCACGAGGUGGCGGCCACCUUGUUCGCAUGAACGCAGGCAGCGGUGUUUGACAGACAGAAAAUUAGAACACUGCGUUUAUAAUCGUUACUAAGUGUUAAUAGGGUUUAACAACCUCCUGAGGGGUCUCUGGUUCGUGCGGCUGUUCGGGAACCGAACCAUAUAAUCCCAUUUGCACGAACAGAGUCUUUUUAAAGUAUUUUAGCCAGGUCUAUUGCACCUUAUUUUUAGUUACUCUACAGCCAAUUUUAAACUCCAAUGAAGCUUCAUUAGAGGUUUGGUGUGUGUGUGUGUGUGUGUGUGUGUGUGUGUGUAUAUAUGUAUAUAUAUAUAUAUAUAUAUAUAUAUAUAUAUAUAUAUAUAUAUAUAUAUAUAUAUAUAUAUAUAUAUAUAUAUAUAUAUAUAUAGUAUAUAUAUAUAUAUAUAUAUGUAUGUGUGUGUAUAUAUAUAUAUAUAUAUAUAUAUAUGUAUGUGUGUAUAUAUAUAUAUAUAUAUAUAUGUAUAUAUAUAUAUAUAUAUAUAUAUAUAUGUAUGUGUGUGUAUAUAUAUAUAUAUAUAAUAUAAUUUUUUUUUUUUUAAUUUUUUUUUUAUUAGACCAAGGUUCUAGAGCAGGGUUCUCAGUCAAAUCGUUUCUAAUGGAGACCACAGAUCCGUACUGCCAGAAUUGCAUCAGUACACACAAAUUGGUAAUUUCCUCAACAAAGACACAUAUAAAUCCUUACUUCCUUAUACAUAGACUUAUAGUAUCUCACAAAAGUGAGUACACCUCUCACAUUUUUAAAAAUAUUUUUUUUCUCUUUUCAUGUGACAACACUGAAGAAAUGCCACUCUGCUACAAUGUAAAGUAGUAAGUGUACAGCCUGUAUUACAGUGUACAUUUGCUGUCCUCUCAAAAUAACUCAGCACACAGCCAUUAAUGUCUAAACCAUUGGCAACAAAAGUUAGUACACCCCUAAGUAGAAAUGUCCAAACUGGGCCCAAUUAGCCAUUUUCCCUCCCUGGUGUCACGUGACUCGUUAGUGUUACAAGGUUUCAGGUGUGAAAGGGGAGCAGGUAUGUUAAAUUUGGUAUUAUCCCUCUCUCACACUCAUACUGGUCAGUGGAAGUUCAACAUGGCACCUCAUGGCAAAGAACUCUUUUUGAGGAUCUGAAAAAAGAAUUAUUGCUCUACAUAAAGAUGUCCUAGGCUAUAAGAAGAUUGCCAAGACCCUGAAACUGAGCUGCAGCACGGUGGGCAAGAUCAUACAGCGGUUUCGCAGGACAGGUUCCACUCAGAACAGGCCUCGCCAUAGUCGACCAAAGAAAUUUAGUACACGUGCUCAGCGUCAUAUCCAGAGGUUGUCUUUGGGAAAUAGACGUAUGAGUGCUGCCAGCAUUGCUGCAGAGGUUGAAGGGGUUGGGGGCUCAGCCUGUCAGUGUCCAGACCAUACACGAACACUGCAACAAAUUGGUCUGCAUUGCUGUCGUCCCAGAAAGAAGCCUCUACUAAAGAUGAACAAGAAAGCCCGCAAACCGUUUACUGAAGACAAGCAGACUAAGGAGAUAUGGAUUAUUGGAACCAUGUCCUGUGGUCCGAUGAGACCAAGAUAAACCUAUUUAAUUCAAAUGGUGUCAAGGGUGUUUGGCAGCAACCAGGUGAGGAGUACAAAGACUAAUGUGUCUUGACUACAGUCAAGCAUUGUGGUGGGAGUGUCAUGGUCUGGACCUGCAUGAGUGCUGCCGGCACUGGGAAGCUACAGUUCAUUGAGGGAGACUGGGCCGCAGGGCAGUAUUCAACCAUGAUAAUGACCCCAAACACACCUUCAAGACGACCACCGCCUUGCUAAAGAAGCUGAAGGUAAAGGUGAUGGACUGCCAAGCAUGUCUCCAGACCUAAACCCUAUUGAGCAUCUGUGGUGCAUCCUCAAACAGAGGUUGGGGGAGCGCAAGGUCUCUAACAUCCAUCAGCUCUGUGAUGUCGUCAUGGAGGAGUGGAAGAGGACUACAGUGGCAACCUGUGAAACUCUGGUGAACUCCAUGCCUAUGAGGGUUAAGGCCGUGCUGGAAAAUAAUGGUGGCCACACAAAAUAUUGACACUUUGGGCCCAAUUUGGACAUUUCCACUUAGGGGUGUACUCACUUUUGUUACCAAUGGUUUACACAUUAAUGGCUGUGUGUUAAGUUAUUUUGAGGGGACAAUAAAUUUACACUGUAAUACAGGCUGUACACUUUUCAUUGUAGCAGAGUGUCAUUUCUUCAGUGUUGUCACAUGAAAAUAUAUAAUAUAAUUACAAAAAUGUGAGGGGUGUGCUCAUUUUUGUGAGAUACUGUAACUACACAUACAAAGACACAUGGCUACAUUAAACCCUGUACUCUGUAGCAUGGCUGAAAACUUAAUGAAGGUUGCUUCCCUGCACUAUGUGCAUCAACCAACGUCCUCACUACAUUUCUAGCAUGCAAGUAUAGUACUCUGCAACUUUACUAUCGAGGCUAGCAGGAGAACAUGGCCUACUCAUCCACAGCAUAUACAAGUGUGAUCAUGGACCUGAUGUGGACCACCAGCAGACCAACUUUGACAUAACGCUCUCUAUGUUGGGAUGGGUGGCGGUGGGAUGCAAUAAACUAUUUAGGGGGAUGGAAAAAAAGGCUCCCGGACUUGUACUUUGUUCUGUAUUUCAAAAUAAAAUAAGGUACAUAUGUGAAUUUUUUUUUUUUUUCCUUUUUCUUUUUCUGUUUCUGCAGAAGUUAGACAAGCCAAGAUUAUUACAUUAAACAAUCCGUUCAAUGGGUUAUUACAGCAUAUUCAGACCCUUCAAAAAAAACAAAACACUAUGAUCUGUGUAACCCUAAUUUGUAAAUAGGGUUUCUUAUUUUAUAUGGCUAAUUUUUUUAAUUUUAUAUUUUAUUUUAAGCUCCCUAAUCUACUUUUCUAUGGUCCUCCUGGAACUGGGAAAACAUCUACUAUUUUGGCAGCCUCCAGAGAGCUCUACGGGUAA